UCGAAAAUCACAAAAUCACAAGAGUACAUCUUGAAUGCUAUAUAAGCUACAAUUGCGAGAUUCCACUCGCAGACAUCGCGCCCCCAACGUCAACAUCAGCACCAACCAUGAGCAACGACGAUUUUUCACCUCAGGGGUUCACACGGGAUCGUCCAAGCGGGCCGCAGCGAGGAGCGUCCCUCCAGAUAUCGACCUCGAGACAGGGAGAUGGGAGGAGUAUGAGCCAAUCAUCGGGUUUAUACUCUGCACUGCCACCUUCGACUCCUUACCGAACCAGCAGCGGCCCUCUACCAUCUCCAUCUACCCCACAACACACUACUGCAACUAGAUCGAGCACUCUUGAUACGCCGAGAUCUGCCGGGUACAAUGACAAGAGUCAGUGGUUUUCAGAUUCCUCGAAAAAUGGCACGAAGAGUCCAACUUCACCGAAGACCAAGAGGAGAUCCGACUCAUCAAUGAUCGAUAAGCGAAUCUCACCAGACCCCAAGACGAAUGUUUAUACACAGUGUGGAAGACAUAGUGAUCAGUGGCUGUUUGGCGGUUUUCCGUUCGACAAUAUCAAGAAAGCCCUUGAGAGGGACAAGAAGGAAUGAUAUGGAAAGGUUGUU